UGAAAUUAGAGACGUGCCCUAUUCUUGCAUGCCAAGUAUCACCGCACUGUCCACCGCCUCACUUUUUCUCUUUUGCGCGGAAACAGGAAAGAUCGGAAAGAUAGGAAAGAUGUUUGCCGUUGCUCCGAGCAGCGGCGCCCGACUCCGCUGCAACUCACCGAACCCGCUCCUCGCGAUGCCGGCGACGACGAUGGCGACGGCAUCAUCCGUACGGUACAGGGAUGUGGUUCUGAAAGGAUGUUUCAAGCCCAGCCAAGUGGUUGUGCCCCAAUGUCGCCGAUUGGAUUGUGCUAAUUUGGGCACAAAUCUUGUUUUGUCUAUUAGCAAUACUAAACAGGAACCUUGUAAAGAACUGAAGUUUUCCUCCUCUAGAGGAAUGCUCAUGUCACACCUUUCUGCAGCAGCAUCCCCAACUCUAGGUGGGGAACAAGGUAGUCUAUUCCACAAACUUCCACUUCUACCUCCACGAAAGUAUGCUAGAAAGAGUCCUCAAGCAUUCAGAGACGACUCUUAUGGUGUAAAACGCCACUCUAUGGUCACCAAAAAACCAGAAUGGUGGUGGAGGACUUUGGCUUGUGUUCCCUACUUGAUGGCUUUGCAGAUGUCUAGUACAGCAUAUUAUCUCUUGCCCUUGUUGGAACACUUGAAUGUUGAUAAUCUUAUAUUCUAUGUCCCCGGAGCUGUUCAGAACUUACCGUGGUGGUUCCCCAUGUUGUACUUCAACCUCGCAUACUUCGGAGUCGUGAGGAACAAGGAAUUGCCUCAUUUCAUUAGGUUCCAUGUCAUGAUGGGGAUGCUAUUAGGAACCGCGCUUGACAUCUUAUGGUAUACAAGCAAUUUCAUGCCACUCAUACAUUACAAUGGUACAUACUCAAUGCAAUAUUGGGCAGCAGUGGGGUUCAUCUACAUUUCCAUCCUGUCCUUGUGCAUAAGGAGUUCUCUCUUGGGGACUUAUGCCAAAAUACCAUUCAUAUCUGAAAAUGCUCUUAUCCAUACCUUUUUCAGUACAGGGCGAUAUUUUCGACCGUUCUAGACUGCAGUGAGGUAUGUAUAUGAGUUAAGAGUCGUAGAGGUAGAUUAAUAAAGAACCAUAUUAGGCUUUUGAUCAGAUGUUGUUUGGGGAUUAAUAGAGAGCCAGAUUAGGCCUUUGAUCUUAUGUUGUUAAAUCAUGUGAGCAAAACUGGGUUUAAGAUCUUAUACUCUUUUAACUGUGACUGCCAAUUUUCAUGGCUAU